UCGGCUCCACAAAAAAGACUGCAGGAGGCUGCAGCCGCCAUAUACAAUAAGAACACCGAAUAAUAGUAAAUAGCCAGGAGAGGGGAAAGCCUCCUUUCCCGCCAGACCGCUUCCCCUCAGCCUCUCGGGCGUCUGCUGCUUUCCCGCGCUUUCUGGCUGAGGGGAGAAAAAGGGCUCCUCUCCUCAUGGCCGUCGCCAACGGGGCGGCCCCAGCAGCGCCGGCCGCCGAAGGAGAAGCUGGCCCGACGGCGGCGGCCGCCUCGCCUCCUGCCUGCCCGCCCGAGGGGAAGAAGAAGCGGGAAUCGCUGAAGGUGGUGGUGGUGGGCGACGGGAGCUGCGGGAAGACGUCGCUCCUCCAGGUCUACGCGAGGGGGACUUUCCCUGAGGAAUAUGCUCCUUCAGUAUUUGAGAAAUAUACCUGCAGCAUUACUGUUGGCAAAAAAGAAGUCCUCCUGCAUUUGUAUGACACUGCAGGGCAGGAGGAUUAUGAUCGGCUACGACCUCUUUCAUACCAGAACAGCAGUGUGGUUUUAGUUUGUUAUGACGUCAUGAAUCCUACCAGCUUCGAUAAUGUAUUAAUUAAGUGGUCUCAUGAAGUGAGCCAUUUCUGCCAAGGAAUCCCCACAGUACUUGUUGGCUGCAAAACAGAUCUCCGAAAGGACAAGGAAUACCUACGGAAACUCCGCUCAGUUCAACAGGAGCCAGUCACUUAUAACCAGGGUGAAGAAGCUCGUCGCCAGAUGAAUGCAGACGCUUACUUGGAGUGUUCAGCCAAGUACCGUGAAAACAUUGAGGACAUAUUUAGAGAAGCAGCAAGCAUUGCACUGAACGCUAUGAAAAGAAACAAGCGGCAGAAGAAAUCGAGGCCAUGUGUCCUGUUGUGAUAGCAAGCUAGACAAUGAAGAGGACUACAGAAAGCAUUUCUGACUUCCCUUCAGCAAUUAGCAAGGAAACAUCUCUAGAUUUUCAAAAUGACAGUUCCCCUUGAAAUUUUACCUGGAAAACUGACUUGUUUUCAUACAGCAGUCUCUGCCAGUCAUGCCUUCUCAUUUGAAGAUCGAAUACGAGAACAGCUGGUCCAUUUCCAGAGGCCAGCAACAAUUUGUCAGUCUUUCAUUUGCACUUCUAAGAGGGUGGGAACUUACUAGCACAGCAGCUAAGGUAAGAUCUGCAGGACGAGAGCUUUGCCGUGAUUAAAUAAGUGUUCUUGCAGUAAAAAAAACCUGUUCUUGAAAAAUGAGGAAUACCUUUAGUUUUUAAAGGACCAAAAUGUUCCCAUAAGAAAAGUUUCUACUCCAUUAAGAUUUGUGGUAACGCUAAAGCCACUGUUACACAUCCUACAAUGCCACUCAGCAAAGUGUGCAGUCCUUUUCUGCCUUCAGUGGCAUUUCCUCCACUUACUGGACUUUGCUAAGCAGACAGAGAGGAUACAUGCCACUGUGUUAUUUAAAUCGUUACUACCUAUCUUGCCAUGUAUUAACAAUUGUAUGGCUGGCCUCUACAGAGCAAGCCAAUCGUUCCAAGGACAAGGAGUCAUAGGUUCAAGGUGACGGAAAAGAGAUUCCACCUAAACAUCAGGAAAAACUUCCUGACAGUCAGGGCUGUUUGACAGAGGAAUGCACUACUAUGGAGUCUCCUUCUUUGGAGACUUCUAAACAGAAGCUGGAUGGCCGUCUGUCAGGGGUGCUUUGAUUGUGUGUUCCUGCAUUGCAAGGGGUUGGACUUGAUGGCCCUGGUGGUCUCUUCCAACUCUAUGAUCCUCGUUUCACCUUGCUCUACUGUCAAACUGCUGACAGAUUUUCUUGCCUUGUGUGUAGUUUAAGCCUUUUGCUUCUUCUCCCAUUCACUGAGGGUAGGAAUAAUAAUAAUA